AUGUUAAAACGUGGAGGUGAUGAUAUAGUGGAGAAGGUCGCACCUCAAAUAACAGAAGUUUCUGAAGCUCAGAACAUAACGGUUGUGUCACGUUUAUCUCCCCAUAAAGGAAUUCAGUACACUCGCCCAACUCAUAACUUUAUUACUACCCCUCCUCGAGAUUCAGUUGUUUCGACUGGCUCUGUUGUUGUGAUUCGACCAAUUGGCAAUGCUUCCACUCCAAUAAAUGUAACUACUGCAGCUUCUUCAUCAGGUCUAAAAAUCACUCCUAUUGUUCCCUUAAAAAUAUCCUCGAUUCAAUCCACAUCAAAUGUAUCUCGUUCAAAUUCCAUACCAACUCAACUACGAAAUACUGCAGUGUCAUCCUCUGCAAGGGCGAGCAACCUCAUUACUCAUUCUGUUCGUCCUCAAAAUGUUCAGUCAGGAAGUACUGCACUUAAUGAUGUCUCUGAGAAACUCAAAACCAUUGAUGAGAAACAAACGUCUCAACGUAAUGUUAUCGGAGAGAUGCAGGUUAGAGUUCCAAACAAGAAGGACAAAAGAUUUAGUGUAUUGCGUUUCCAUGCAGCUGACAGGCUUGAUUUAUCAUCAGCCCCUGAAGUUUUUAUGCAACGUGAAAAUAAUCUUAAGGCUUAUCGGAGUUUAUACAAUACAACCGAAAUGCCAGACACUGGUGCUGGUAGUGAAUUCGGCCGCGAAGCUAAAGAAGAGGCAAGAUUAAAAAAAUUUGGUGUUGUACGAGAAAGUUAUAAGCCAGAUGAUCAACCUUGGCUAAUGACGGUUGGAAAAGGCAAGGCUAAUCGCUGUCGUUUUAGAGGAGUUCGAGAAGGUAGUAUGUCAGAGAAUGUCGAAUAUUUUGUAUUUUGCCAGUGCAAAGAUGGUAAUUUCGAUGCUUAUCCGGUAAAUGCUUGGUACAAGAUGAAACCGGAAAUAAGUUAUCGUUUUCUUCGAGAAGAUGAAGCUGAAGCAGAAUAUAGCCGCCUACACAAAACCCUCAACUUAUUUAACGUUAUGGUUAAACGGAAACUCACCGAUAACGUUAGUGACGAUGAGACAAACAUGGAUCGAGAAAUUUCGAAGGGAUUAAAGUUUCUAACUUCCCUCGGAGACUCCAAUUCAAAUCAGCGAAAUUCAACAGAAGUAAAAACUAAGGAUCUGAAGCCUGAAAACACUUUAAAGCUUACUGAUUUGGAAGAAUUGGACAGUGGUAGUGAGGCUGAUGAUGACGAUGAUGAAGAUGAUCUGGGUGAUGAUAAUCGCUUGAAAAAUCCGAACGCCGAUCCACUCAGAGCAGAAGAAGGCCCAAGUUCUAGUAAAGGGAAAGGUCUCUUGUUUGAAGAUCCUGAUGAUCGUAAUAAAGGUGGAUCUAAAGGUGGUUUACUAAAGACGUCCGAACGCACUCGCCUUGCUAAAAAGAAGCAGCGUGCAGCUGCUAUUGUUACAAAAAUGAGACGUGGUGUUAAAAGGCGUAAACGAAAAGCUAUUAAUAUGGGCUCCUCGGAUGAAGAAGAUGAUCCAGACGAAGAAGCACAAGAUGAGAGUGAAUUAGACGAUCACGAAGGAGAUGAGAAAAAAACCCAGUGAAAACGAAUAGUUAUUUUGAUUAUAAAGCUGGUUAAGUAGUGUAUGAAAAUGCAGACUUGUUUUUCUUUAAUAAAAAUAAAAUUACCCGUGGUUAUUUUUUUAAAAACCUGAAUGUAUCAUGAACUUUUAAUGCAAACGACUAAAUAAUAAUGAUGAUAAUAUUAAUAGUAAUAGUAAUACUCUACGAUAUGUAACAUAACUUAGACUAAUAAAUGGAAAAUUUAGCUGUGAUUUUAAUAAACAAAAGGUUGUUGAGCACAAGACUCAGGAUUUUUUUCUUUUCGUAAUCCGGCGUUUCCUUUUUAUCCCCGAUUCCGACGCUUGUACAACAUCUAAAUUACCACGCAUAUAUUAAACCGCAUUGUAACUUGACGAAAUUAAAUAUGCUUCUAAAUGAAUAUACCUUUUACUAUAAAGAAUAUCAAAUAAAUAUUUUGCUUAGAUCUCAAGGGAGAUAUUACCAGUAAAUUAUUAUCUGGAUCCUUAUAUACAUUUUUCUUGUUACAAAAUAAAAUGAACCAUUUUUAAAUAACUUAUAAGACUAGUGUUAGAGAUUAAGCAUAAAAUCCCUACUUUUCAACCGUACAACUAAGUUAAAAAUGCAUAAAAACACAAGGGUAUCAAAGCUAUAUACAGAUAAAAAUAUGUUAAGAUUAUUAGGAGAAACAUUAUGUAACAAAUAUAUCUUGUUUACUGGUAGUGAAAUUGAAUUAAAUCAUAUAAGCUAUUGUUUUUGUUGAUCGUACGAGUACUAUCCAAAAGAUUCACAUUAUGCUAACUAAACUUAACAAUUAGCGAAAUGGUUAGUAUGUGCUAUGUGAAACAUUGACAUUCUAUUCAUAUAUUACCUAAUAUACAGCUGUCCCAUAAAAUAUCUUCUAUAUAAUCGUUUUGUGAU